AAUCGAUUUUUGAGGCCUCCCGUUCGACCUGAACCUUGAAACUUUGUCAGCAUAUUUCAGCAUAUUUUGCCUGACCACAAGUACGUCGAACAAGAGUCAGAAUAGAUAAUAAAAUAUGUUGAUCACGAUGGAGAAUUCAGUUUGCUCAAUGCUCUUGAGGAUCUCGAAAAGAUUUUCUGGAGACUUUCUCGAAACCUGUUCAGUUUCUUCUGGCAUUGUCAUGGAAAAGAGGAAAAAAAGUGACAUAUUGUGACAAAGUUUCAAGCUUCAGGUCGAACGGGAGGCCUCAAAAAUCGAUUUUUUAGGGUUUGGGCGAUAUUCCUAAGCUUUCUAGCGGAAAACACUGUUAAAAAUUCAAUCGCGAUAUCACUAGAUAGAGCAUCAUUUUCUUGAUGUACAGAGCGAUUUUUCAUUUAUUUCCCACGCGAACAGUGGACGCUAGAGCUUGGAAAACCUGUUUUUCACCGAAGGGUCAAGUUUCGUAACGUUUUUUUCCUGAGCCAUCUUUUCAUUUUGAAGUUUAAAGGCGAAAUUAGUGAUCAGAAUAGUCGACUCUAUGAUUGGACGAUUCUAACGUAUUUAGGGGUACUCGUAUGGAAUUUUAGGCAUUGUCUGGUUUAGCAAAUAGUGCCCGCAUCGAUUUCUCGUAUUUGCCCCAGAGAUCUGACUGCUUCAAAGAAGACUUAUAUUUUCUGACCGUCUCCCCUCUUUUUAUCCAAAUGAGUUUGAGUCUGAUCACUUGACAUUGAUUAUACACUUUUUCAUGCACCUGAAUUUUGUCAAUCCUUAUACUAAUAGUAAACAAGAGUUCCCUGAAUAACAAAAAGAAAUUUCAAAUUCUACGGUGUUUCUUUUUCGACAAAUUUACAUUAUCCGAAAUACAGAACUUAACCUAAACUGAGCCGGAUUUUAUACAUUGUAUUUUUUUCGAUUCUGGUGGUCACACAAAUGUGUCUCAUGUAUGUUUUGUGCUGAAUAAGGAAAAUCAAAAACUUUGAAAAGAGCUUAUAAAUAAAGUUAAAUUUCUUUUUCUCAUUCAAUUACUAAAAUUGUUUUGUCCGUUUGAAUUAAUAAAACUUAUAUAUUCUUUUUUACAACUUAGAUGCUCGUUGUAAUGGUGAAUCAUUAUAUGGUACUGUUGGUAUUGGCCGUGGAAGUUUUCAUCGUUAUUGGUAUAAUAAAUUUGAACAUACCUGUAAACAAUUUAUCUAUGGCGGUAUUGGUUUAUUAUAUGAAACAGAUAAUAUAUUUCGUACGAAAGAAGAAUGUUCACAAGCAUGUAAAGAAUAA